AGGCUUCGCCGUGAGCUCAAAGUUUGGUUGAGACUUAGACACGACAAUGUCGUCCCACUAUACGGCACCGUAUCCGGCUUUGGUCAAUUUGUUGCCAUGGUUUGUCCCUGGUAUGACAACGGAUCACUUUCAGGUUAUCUUGAAUCCCUUGGCGAAACUUUGUCCUCAGUCAAUCGUUUCCAACUGCUCAGUGAUAUUUCUGCGGGUCUUCAAUAUCUUCACUCUUGCUCCGUUGUUCACGGCGAUCUUACUGGGUCCAAUGUCCUCAUCUCAUCCGAUGGGAGGGCCCAUCUGUCUGACUUUGGUCUCUCCGUCAUCAUUGUGGAUUUCGUGGGCACGUCUUAUUUUACGUCUGCAUUGAGUGGCACUGUGCGGUGGACAGCACCCGAACUUCUUGAAAUUCCCGAAGACGAUGCAAUCAUCAUCCCGACAUCAAACAGCGAUAUAUAUUCGUUUGGGUGUAUUAUGUUCCAGGUAUUGACAGGCAAAGCACCGUACUCCGAGUUCAAGCGAGAUGCACAAGUUGUGGUUGCAAUUUCUCUCGGAACGAAACCGUCGCGUCCUGAGUACCCUGCUAUCGGCGAUAACCAUUGGCGUUUCAUUCUGAACUGCUGGUCCAUCAAGGACUGCAGACCAUCUGCCCAGCAGGUAGAUGAGUACGUCAAAGGCCAGCUCCACCUCUUACAACAUGACGCAUCGGCUCCCGGAUAA